AUGACAAGCAAUGAAGACACUAGCCAAGGAGCAUCAACGAUGAAUGGUACCUCUAUCGACUCUAUCGAGAGUAAUGUAGCUGCGUUAUCGCUGGUCGAGGAUGCCAAUCGCUCGAAGCCUGUCGAGGACAGGCUCAUUGUUGGAGUCGACUUUGGGACAACGUCCAGUGGAGUGGCGGCGGUAUACAGCGCAACUCCAGACGAUAUCGACAUAAUCAAGACCUGGCCCGGCGGAAAUGGCAUCACGUCAGACAAAGUACCUACGGAAAUCGCGUUCUAUGAGAUACCUCCUGAGACCGCAAGCGCAACGAAAGCGAGUGUUGCAGAGGGACAAGCAGCAGAUGGACCGGCGCAAAGGCAGAUCAAAUGGGGCUUCCAGUUCAAGCCUGAGGAUCCUCGACUGCGCUGCAUUAAGCUGUUCCUCGACCGCAAUCAGAAGCUACCGCACUUUGUUAGUCCACUGGAGACGGCUGCUCAGCUGAGGAAGUGCGGACGUACUGUAAUGGAUGCCGUGACCGAGUACCUUAUCAAGAUUUACGAACACACCAUCGAGACAAUGACGAGGAGGUACGGUGAAGGCUUUAUCAAGACUACGAAAGUCGACUUCGUCCUGACUGUUCCGGCCGUCUGGUCUGACGCUGCGAAAAAUGCGACACUACAGGCCGCAGAAAGAGCAGGGAUGGGCAGCAGACAUGAGUUGAAGCUCAUAAGUGAGCCUGAAGCUGCGGCAGUCUACACCCUCAAGACAAUACAACCGAACGGGCUGAAAGUCGGCGAUAACUUUGUGGUAUGCGAUGCCGGUGGUGGUACCGUCGAUCUCAUAGCAUACAAGGUGACGCAGGUCUUUCCGCUCCGCGUUGAAGAGAGCGCGGUUGGUACGGGCGGAUUGUGCGGUUCAGCAUUUCUCAACUACCGAUUCGAGGACCAUGUCAAGCAACGUAUCGGCCAGGAGCGUUGGACCAACAUGAGAGAAAAGAAGCCAAAGACGUGGAUGAUGGGCUUGAAGUAUUUUGAGGAGUUUGUGAAGCGCAACUUCAACGAAGAGGAGCAUUCUGAGGUGAAUGUCCCUUUCCCUGGCUUGCCCGACGACGAGGAGGCUGGAUUGGACAGCGGCUUCCUCGUGAUGACCUCAGAGCAGGUGAAAUCCAUCUUUGAACCUAUCAUCAAUGAGCUCAUCAGCCUAGUCGAAGGCCAGGUAGAGGCCAUUCGGGAGAAAGGAGGCAAUGUCUCCGGCAUCAUACUGGUCGGUGGCUUCGGACAGUCCAACCAUCUUUACACGCGAUUGAAGCAACACUUCAAUACCGCUCCGCCCCCGCAAUACAGCGAAACUCCUACUCACACAGCCGCAUUGGCCACUCAACAGAGCGUGGAAGUCCUACAGCCAUUGCACGCAUGGACAGCUGUGGUGCGUGGCGCGGUACUGAGAGGAGUAGAAGGCAGUCUCGUGGAGAAGCGGAGAAGUCGUUGGCACUACGGGACGAGCUACGCGACGGUUUUCGAUGAGGCAAAACAUCCCAUGAGUGACCGCUACUGGAGUCCGCUGUGGGAGAGAUGGAUGGUGGCAGAUCGUAUGCAAUGGCACAUCUCGAAGGGAACACCCAUCUCUGCAGACCAGCCGAUCUCUUUCCACUACACACGGAACUUCAGGCCAGGCCAGUCGCUGGUUGUUGAAGAUGAUCUGAUCGGAUGCGAGAGCGAUGCAGCACCUGAUGCGUGGAACAAGGACCUUAUCAAGGUAUGUACACUGACCACGGAUCUUAACGCCGUACCGAAAGGGCUGUUCACUCGCUUGACAACGACGAAGAGCGUGGAGUUUGACAAUCUCGACUUCGAGCUGCAUAUGAUGAUCAAGAGUGCCAACUUGGUGUUCGAGCUGAGAGUUGAUGGCAUCAAGUACGGCGAAGUGAAGGCCGACUUUGCGUAG